AUGCCGCACUUUGGGACAGCCAACUUGAGUUACCCGACCAUCGGGUUGUCGUGCGAAGAAGUCCAGAAGUACCGUCCUGGUGGGUAUCAUCCUGUCAAUAUCGGUGAUGCCUUUGAUUCGGGAAGAUAUCACGUCGUCCAGAAGCUGGGAUGGGGUGGCUUCUCGACAGUCUGGUUGGUCCUCGACUCAUCAAAAUCUCGACUCGCAGCACUGAAAGUUUUGGUCUCGAAGCUUACUGAUGCGUCCAAUGAAACUCGUAUUCUCCAGCGACUUGCUGCAAUCCCAGCAGAUCAUGAAGGCAACCGUCAUCUGCGCAAGCUGACCAAUUCUUUCUUCCAUGAUGGUCCUAAUGGCAGACACCAAUGUCUCGUUUUCGAGGUCGAUGGUAUUAGUGUCGCGCCUCUCAUGAAUGAAUGUCCGAAUUGGUGGAGACUACCAGGACAUGUAGCCUGGCAGAUUUCGAAACAUAUCACACUUGCACUCGACUGUCUUCAUUCAAACGGUAUUGCACACGGUGAUCUUCACAUCGGCAACAUCUUGGUCUCACAAAAGAAGGGGCAGUUUUCAGACCCGGGCUCAGUCAAAGACCUUGGACCUCCAGACUUGAAUGAUAUACGUGACCUCGCUGAUGAGUGGCCUGCGUACAAUUUCCCACAAGAUAUACCUGAUCCAGUUGAGCUUCCUAACCCAGCUAUCGCUGGUCAGGUCCACGCGACACUCAUUGAUUUCGGCCAGUCUUUCCUCCAAACCGAUUCAUUACUGCCGAAAGUUUAUACACCACUUGUUUACAAAGCUCCCGAGGCACUGCUCGGUACAAAAUGGGACUUGCGCAUGGACAUAUGGGCACUGGCAGCCACGAUAUUUGAACUCAUCAUUGGACACCCGCCUUUCAGUAGAAUUAUGCCAAGAGAAAAUCACUUGGUAUUGGAGUGGAUUGCAAUGUUUGAUGACGUGCCGGAAGAAUGGAGUGAUCAGGCCAAGGUGGUUAUUGGUGACUGCAAAGCCAAUAUCCGCAUCUCCCCACUUUCAGAACGGCUUCGUCACCUCUACUUCAAUGGCGAGACAAAGGGAGACAGACCGGCGGAAUUUUCCGAGGAGAGCAUCGAGAGGUUGGCCGAUCUGUUGACAAAAAUGAUGCGCUACCGACCCGAAGACCGACUGUCGACUCAAGACAUCUUGAAGCAUGAGUGGUUCGCCCAAAAUCCAUUGGCUAGUGUGGACGAAGCAGCCGCUGAAAAAGAAUUGCCUGCUGAGAACAAAUCACCUGCGGAGAACAAAGUAUCUCCUGAGAGCAAAGUGUCUCCUGAGAGCAAAGUCCCUGCUGAGGAAGGAACACCUGCGGAGAAAGAAGUAUCUGCUGAAAACGAAGAAUGA